CUGCACUGUGGGUAGGCGGCGGCGGCGGCGGCGGCGGUAGCGGCGGCGGCGGCGCUCAGAGCCCGCGGCCGACGGAGGCCGCGCGCCGAACAUGGCUGAGAAGCAGAAACACGACGGGCGGGUGAAGAUCGGACACUACGUGCUGGGGGACACCCUGGGCGUCGGCACCUUCGGCAAAGUGAAGAUUGGAGAACAUCAAUUGACAGGACAUAAAGUGGCAGUUAAGAUCUUAAAUAGACAGAAGAUUCGCAGUUUAGAUGUUGUUGGAAAAAUAAAACGAGAAAUUCAAAAUCUUAAACUCUUUCGUCAUCCUCAUAUUAUCAAACUCUACCAGGUGAUCAGCACUCCAACAGACUUUUUUAUGGUAAUGGAAUAUGUGUCUGGAGGUGAAUUGUUCGACUACAUUUGCAAACAUGGGCGGGUUGAAGAGGUGGAAGCUCGCCGGCUCUUUCAGCAGAUCCUGUCUGCUGUGGAUUACUGUCACAGGCAUAUGGUUGUCCAUAGGGACCUGAAGCCAGAGAAUGUGCUGCUGGAUGCCCAGAUGAACGCUAAGAUAGCUGACUUUGGACUAUCUAAUAUGAUGUCAGAUGGUGAAUUUCUACGAACUAGCUGUGGAUCACCAAACUAUGCAGCACCUGAGGUCAUCUCAGGAAGGCUGUAUGCAGGUCCUGAGGUUGAUAUCUGGAGCUGUGGUGUUAUCCUGUAUGCCCUUCUCUGUGGCACCCUCCCCUUCGACGAUGAGCACGUGCCUACGCUCUUUAAGAAGAUCCGAGGGGGUGUGUUUUACAUCCCAGACUAUCUCAACCGUUCUAUCGCCACUCUGCUGAUGCACAUGCUGCAGGUGGACCCCUUGAAGCGAGCGACUAUCAAAGACAUACGAGAACAUGAAUGGUUUAAACAGGAUUUGCCCAGUUACCUAUUUCCUGAAGACCCCUCCUAUGAUGCUAACGUCAUUGAUGAUGAGGCUGUGAAAGAAGUAUGUGAGAAAUUUGAGUGUACAGAAUCAGAAGUGAUGAACAGUUUGUAUAGUGGUGACCCUCAAGACCAGCUUGCAGUGGCUUAUCAUCUUAUCAUUGACAAUCGGAGAAUAAUGAACCAAGCCAGUGAGUUCUACCUCGCCUCUAGUCCUCCAACAGGUUCUUUUAUGGAUGAUAGUGCCAUGCAUAUUCCCCCAGGCCUGAAACCCCAUCCAGAAAGGAUGCCACCUCUCAUAGCAGACAGCCCCAAGGCACGAUGUCCACUGGAUGCUCUGAACACAACUAAGCCCAAAUCUUUAGCUGUGAAAAAAGCCAAGUGGCAUCUUGGAAUCCGAAGCCAGAGCAAACCGUAUGACAUUAUGGCUGAAGUGUACCGAGCUAUGAAGCAGCUGGAUUUUGAAUGGAAGGUAGUGAAUGCCUACCAUCUUCGAGUAAGAAGAAAAAACCCAGUGACUGGCAAUUAUGUGAAAAUGAGCUUACAGCUUUACCUGGUAGACAAUCGGAGCUAUCUUCUAGACUUUAAAAGCAUUGAUGAUGAGGUGGUGGAGCAGAGGUCUGGUUCUUCAACACCCCAGCGCUCCUGUUCUGCUGCUGGCCUCCACAGACCACGGUCAAGUUUUGAUUCCAGCACAGCUGAGAACCAUUCCCUUUCUGGCUCUCUCACUGGUUCUUUGACCGGCAGCACUUUGUCCUCAGCUUCCCCACGCCUGGGCAGUCACACCAUGGAUUUUUUUGAAAUGUGCGCCAGUCUUAUCACUGCUCUAGCUCGUUGAUAACCCACCCUUGGUCUCUGUCUUUCUGUCACUGCACUGUGAAAUCACAUACACUCUUUAAAUUAUUAUCGCAUUCUCGUUAUUACAUGCUCUGCAAUAGAAGUUGGUGUGAACAUUCCCAGGUGACAUGCAGUGCUAUUGAAAUCACUGAAAACACAGAAAUCCGGCAUUCUGUUUACUUUUAGAACUUUGUAACUCUACUGUGCCUAUGCUAAGUUUGCAUAGGUAGCAAUGGAUGAGUGCUGGUGAUGUUUGUUAACUUACACCUGUGAAUUCACCACACAUGACGAGCACACCUCACUGAUGAACCAGCUGAGGUAGGGGUGGUUCGGUGGGCCUCCUUCCUUUGUGUUUAGUGUAUGUAAACCCAGUUUGCCUCCUACAUUUCAGCAACUGUCAGGCUGUCUAGGCACCUCUUGCAAAAGAAGAUUAAGACAUAGAAUAACUGUUAGGGAAAUAUUAUUUAAAUGUAGAAAUCUGAAAAUCCUGUUCCCCUAAAUAUCAGAAACCAAAGUCUUUUAAUUCUUUCUGCAAGUACUGCCUAGUAUUAGCCAUAAAGACUGUGUUUCUGAUAAUAGGAGCCCAGUCUCCCAGCUUUCUGACAUUUGUGCAAGGCCCCUAGUUAAAUCCCACCACCACUGAGCAAUACAAAACCAUGCAAAAUUAGUACACAGGCUAAUGAGACAAGCAAAAUACCAAUUGUCUCUUAAAAGAAAAUUCUACUCUCUGAUCUUGUUUUGUGUUUAUGAGACUGGGGGAGCUGGGGGAGGGCUGGUAGUCAUGGCCCUCUGGCAUGUUUGCUAAUGGGCUUGAAAUUUGUUAUUGAUGCCACCCCCUCCCUCCAUCUUCCUCAGUAGCCACUGUCUUUGCUCGUUGCUUUCCUUUUCUUUAAUCCUUCAGUUCAAAACCUUGCUUUGGCCAUCGGGUCUUGUGUAUACUUCCAAAGCUUGAUCUGCUGUGACCUUCACUGUUGAACCUGAUUGGACAGGGAAGCCUUAAAUAUUUAAAAGUAUAUUCUCCUGGAAUAAGUAUAUGUGUUGUUUACAUACAUAUAUGUAUGUAUUGACACAUCAGUACUUUGAAUCAAAAAAAAAAAAACAAACUUUUUUGUGCAAGUUUUUUUUUAAUUUAAGAUUAAAAAAACACUGUAUAGCAGGAUAAAGUUAAUUGAUUAUAUGUUGUUUUGGUAAAAGUAUUUUAAAUUAUGUGUAAUUUAUCUAAUAAUUAUUUAUUCAUUUAUUGUAUUUAUGUUGUAAUUAUCAAAAUCAUUGAUCUGAUUCACCCUAGAAAAUAUUAAGCUCUUGAAAAAAAAAAAGCAACAUUGCCUUGACAGGUUUCUCUUCACCAAAAAUAGUAUAUUUUCUAUUUACCAAGAAGUAAAUGAGACUGUUAGACUAAGUUUUUCAUGUGAUUAUAGAAAACAAGUUUGUCUAUCUUUAAAUAGUUUUUUGAAUCAGGAAUUUGCAUCAUAUCGCAUCAGAUAACUUUGUAGUUCUUUUAAAAAGAUAGUCAAUAUUUAGCACUCCAACUUCUCAAUAGUAAAAUAAAAGAAUCUUUGCUCACUGAUUGAGAAAGUAACAGGGUGGACAAUUUAAGGUACCUUAAGGUUUAACCUUUGAAAGAUUGCCAUCUUGUGGCAAUAGAUGGUAAUUUUAGUAGUUAUUUUAAUACCAAUACUUAGUACUGGUUUGUCUAAUGUGUUUUAUGAAUGUGGCAUAAUUUUGGCUUCUCCAAAUGUGUAUGUAUCCUUUUUUUGUGGGGUGGGGGAGACCACCUCAUAACGUUUGCCUAAUUAUGACAUGGAAGACCUUGAAAUAAGGAACCGGUUGGAUUCCUUACCUCUAAUAACUGCAUGCACAACAGUUAUGAAGGCAGAAAGCAUGCAGAAUGUUCUCUAGUGAAUUUAAACCAAAAUUACUUUAUAUGAAUGAUCAUGAUGCUAUUCAAGAGCUAAAAGUUAUUUACUAUUGUCUUAUUCAUUCCAGUAUUUAUGAAUGCCCAGGUUGACAGUUACCUUUUGAAUUUUAGGAGAACUGAAGGUCAUUUUGUUUCUUUUAACAUUUUAAGACAUAAUUAUUUACUGAAUCUAGGUGAUAGAGUAAAUUGCUUUUCAGAGAGAAUUCAGUGACUCAUCUUGAAAAGCAGAGACUAGAAUUUAGUCACAGCAUAGGGGUUUGUUGCUCUUGGCAACAGAAGGAAAGAAUUUUUUUGCAAAUUCCCAGCUCCCACAUUUCAGUCAAUGCUGUGGGUAUGGUAGGUACUGAGUUAGAGCAGUCUAUCCUCCUGGAUCCUAGGGAGAAUUACUGUUGGGCUAGAGAUGUGGGCUUUAUUUAUGUCCUGGAAAUGGAGUCCAUCUGUUUCCAAAAUAGUAUUUCCUAAAACAAAGAAAUCCCACAGAAUACUUUUGGAAUACAUUGUGUUCUGCUCUGUACCUUGUAGAGGACAGUGAUUGUUAGCAUGAAAGACUUGCAGACUUUCAGAAAAAAACAAAUCACAUAACCAUGCGAAACCCUACUUUGCCCAAACUACUUUACUCUUUUAACACUUUUGCUGAGUAUGGUUGCUUACUAGUAAUACGACUGAGGAGCAUGAGGCAGGAAGAUACGUUGGUGCCUAACAACUAGAUAGAAAGCAAGACCUUGUUUCAAAUUAAAACAAUAAGGAAACUUUAGCAUCCCAUAAGAAACUUUGAGAAAUGCUUGUCUCUGAGCACCACAGACAGUAUGGGCAUUAGACACUGAGCCUGAUGCUAAUUCGGAACCACUCCGUAGACAUACACACAGGUUCUUCCUAAGCCUGUGGCUUGUACCACACACUGGUUUUUCUAAUCAUAUUGAUGCUUUUUAGGUAGAAAACCUAUUCCUUUUUUUCCCUUAGUGGAUGACUGAAAAGUUGUAGACAAGGUUACUUCUGGAAAACCAGAAGAGCAAGAGACCAGUGACUUUCUGUUGUGGCUUCAUGGAGAGCAAGCCAGUUUUAUUCAUUCUUCAAUGGCCACUGAACAUUUUCUAAGUCCUUUUAUUUAGGAAACCAAAAGCUGUCUCAAAUAAAAUCUACAGGGAGAGAGAAAACCAAACCAUUCACAAGUUAGGGUUUUGCUUUGAUCAAGAAACCUUGUAAAAGACUUGCAACAUCUGGUUAUCUGCAGAAAGAACCUAGGAGCCUAAGCUAAGCAGAAACAUUAAGACCUUCUGUGCUAGGGAAUUGGGUAUAUGUAGCACAGUAAUUCUCUACUUUAUGCAAGUAAGUGUUCAAGGAUAUUUACUUAAUUCUGGGAAUACACUUUCCUUAGCUAUUUUGUACUCAGGGAACACAAAUUUAAUACUUGAGAUGAAGUAAAACAGUUUGGGAAAAUGAUCAUAAACAACCAAAUCAGAUUUUUAUAUUGCUUUAUCUGUAGUCUCUCCUAACAUGUAAGCAUGCUUAGUUAAUGUGGGCCCCACACUGAUGUUUAUAAGACUUAGCAGCCUGGAACAUAUCUACCACAGACACCACAGCUCUGUCUGGUCACUGGUUACUAUGUUAAACUCCCAGGGUGAAGUCUCAUACCUAAAUGUGAGAUCUGCAGGUAGACUGCUUUGUGUUUGGUUUUAAAGAUCUAACUCUCCAGUCUGGCAACUUGUCCUUCAGUUCCUCUGUGGCUUGUUAAGCAGGGAUUAUGACUUAGUAGUUCUUGGCAACUCUGUUGAAAACUUUGGAUGAAAGCUAUGUGUAUAUUAAGUGUGAUCUUGGACUUGGCCUCAACUUAAAACCCUAAAAUGAAAGGGAUGGAUACAGAGCUAUCAUCUCUUUGAGGUCUAAAGUCCCGCCUUGUUUACUUCUUCCGAGCAUUAUUGUUAGUGUUCACAUUUUAUGCAUUUGUACCUGUAUACUAGUAGGAGUGUUCUGUCUUAGUCUGAGGCAUUUCAAAGGUAUACUAACCAUAACUACUUGGACUACUGGAAUGCAAACAUCAGAACUUGGCGUGGAUUUAGCAUGAAUUAGAAAAUGACUGACAUGUAGCAGUGGCGGUGCUGAUGCAUUUCCAGGUCGGCUAGUGUGCCCUUGAAGUAACCAGUUGAGUAAGCAGGCUCGGCAAUCUCUCCAUAUGUCACAGUGCCAUACAUGUAUUCAUGCAGUGGCGACCAAUUGUUCACUGCAGUUGAUCAUCCUCUGGGCUGAACAGAAAGAGUUUGUUAAACAUCUGAUUGUCAAGUAAUAGAAAUAAACACUGGUGUGUUGUUUGUAAGUCCUGGAAUGACAUAUAGUAGUUAUCACUGAAUGUAGUUAGUCUAAUUAUAAAAGCUAGUUGAUUGCACUAACUUGAUGUAAUUUUGUGAAAUAUUUAUGAUUACAUUAAUUUUUAUUAUAAGUAUUUAUGAGUUAUUGAGGGUUCUUAAAAUCCAGAAAAAUCUCUAGAACAUAUAUUUUUUUCUGAAAUUUUAUUUAUGUGAUUUUGGUGUAGAGAGUUAUAUACUGGCGAUGGAACCCAGGCUUCACAUGGAUGAAGCAAGUACUUAACUGCUGACCUAAAUCCCCUGACCUUAUUUACAUGACUCUUAAAGUAUAGUCUCUUUUCAUAAAGGAAAAUGAGCCCCAGUCCUAUCUAAAUGAUCACAGUUUGUAACUGUUAGCUGAAUUAGGCUUAUCUAAAUUUCAUUUUGAUAAUUUUUUAUUUUGUGCAUAAAUGAGAUGACACUUUUUAUACAGUGUGUCUCUAUGAACUACCUAAUCACUAUUGGCUUGAUAGAAAUUCUCCAAGCCCUUUUAAACUUGGAAAUGUAACUUAAGUUAAUGAGCUUUAAAUCAUGCAUAUAUAUAUGUGUAUAUAUACAUAUGUAUUGCAUAUAUACAUAUGUAUUAUGUAAGCAAGUUAGCGGCAUCUUUACCCGCCUUUCCUUGAAUAUUUGUGAUGCAGUUGAUGCCACUAAACAGUAAUAGCAUGAGGAAUAGGCCCACAGUAUACACUGGAUUGAAUUUUGAUUAAACUUCUUCAGCCAUAACCUGAUCAGAAUCAGGUCACAUCCAGAAGUUAUCGGACUGCAGGCCUGUAUUUUGUGAGCCAACAUUAAUGUUUACUGACAGCCUUGCAUAGCAAUGCCGUUUGUGACUGCAUGUGACUUUUGGUAACUGUAGUUUAUGUCAAAAAGCAGUUCAAGUUUUAUAGAGGUAAUUCAUGAUUAUUUGGACAAGCAGGGUGGGUAAAUUCAAAUAUAUUUAAAGUGCAAUUAAGGAAAUUCUAGGGUAUAAUAUUCUUUCCAGUUUAAAAAAAUAGUAAGGAUUUGUAGAAUGUCCUAGAAUGAAAAAAAUUUUUUUGAACAGAUUUUUUAAAAAUUAAGGUUUAUACAGUGAUUUUUUUUUAAUUCAAGGUUUGCUACUUUGUGUUAAUUUAAAAUUUCAAAGAGAAGUGAAGCCUCCUAGGAAAGAAUUGCAUUGUUAUUUUUCUCCUGCUAGUCUGAAUGUGCAUUUUCACAGCAUAAAGUCACUUGUAAAUAAGGUUUGCUACCAAAUUUGAAGCCCAGUUUUUCUAAAUGGAGAACAUUUUACCAGAAUCAAAGAGACAUAGAUCUGCUGUCUACACAAAGAAAGAAAGAGUCCUGGUGCCUUCUCAACUAAUUGCAGAGUCAAAGUAAACAUAUGUUCAAAGUCUGCCCUGCCCCUUGCCCCCAGCUCCUCUGUUUUUCUAUGACCUGUCCCAGACUGUCACAUGGUUUGCUUCUGCCUUUUCAGUUCCACUUGACCAAACCUCCCAGCAUCACCACUGGAAGUUCUUCACUGAAGACAUUUUCUCUUUUGUUUAUUUCACUUUUUAAAGCCACCUGGGAAAAUAUUUGGCUACCUUCUUAAGCAUUUAAAAUGAAUGCAAUUACUAGCAGUCUUUAUAUUUUAAAGUUUAUAAAAGGAAAUAAAUUCAAAGCUAAGGACUGGAUCUAAUUGGAUCUAAUUCCCUGUUUGUUACUAUGGCAACACAAGUUAUGUAACCUUGUGUAGUUUUCUCUUGUACAAAAUGUGGAUAAUAACCUACCUCACAGAUGUGUGUGAGAAGCCGUUUGAAAGCCCCGAAGGAGGGGUUCAUAGUCCCAUCUUCAACGUCAAUCUUUCCUUUUUUACUAGACACCUUUGAUAAUGGUAGAAAGAGUACCUUGUUUUUAGAUGUCGUAUGUAAUAAGGGCAUAGUGCUGAGAAUGUUUAAGACACAAUUUCACAAAUCUUAGUGUUCUUACUGUAAGACACUUAAAAAUUUCUUGAAAACCUCAAAUGUUUAAAUAUCAAAUCUGUCUUUUGUUUCAAUAAAUAUUGUUAUUCAAAAUGUUGUCUGAAGCUGCCUUAAUGUACCAAAAUGUAGCUGUCAAGACUGUUCACAACUCCUCAUGGUUGUACUGUUUUCAGUGUUCAUUUUGAAGUUGUUAUGAACUAUGACCUGGAAGGAUAGUAUUUUGAUAUUAUUUUGGUAGGAAUGGUUGUGGUUUUUUUUUUUAAUCACGUUUAACCAUUAUACAGUGAUUUUUGAGUGUAAAAAAAAAAAUAAAACAAAGUUAGUAGAUACUAGGUUAUAUCCACGAUCAUAACAUAGUAUAUUACUGGAUAGUAAUAAUUUGAUUUGUUUUCUGGGGAUACCAUGCAUUCAUUCUUAGCCUAUAAAAUAGUCCCAUAAUAUAUGGUGCAGUGCCAGAGUACAUCUCUAUUUAAAAACAUUGUUAAAUUAUUGAAAUUGGGUUUACUUUUUAUAAUCAGUUUCAGAACAGAAGCCAACAGACUCACAGUGAUUUUAUUUAAAUAAUUAUAGAUUAUAAUUCUAGUUUUAUUUGUUAUACAUUCUUGUGAGUUCAAUGAUCAGUGGAAAGGAUUUAUCUUCAGCUACCAUAUAGAAAAGAUUAGUGAAUUGCAUAGCAUUUCCUAUGUGCAGGCUCUCUCUGAUUAAUGUUUGCACUUGUAUGGAACUCCUUGGCAACAAACACAAGAGAAAAGUGGCCUAUCUAAUUGUGCAUCUGCAUUUUCCACAAAAUCAAAUUAAAGUCUGGUUAAUUUAAAAGCUA